AGGCAGGAUCAAUCCGACAGCCGUCGGGCUGCCCGGCAGCUGCCUGUGUAGCUUCCACGCCGCGCUGGGGGCGGUUGAGCGUUUUAAUAGCACUCGGUUUAUUCUACGUCCCUAGCAAGCCCCGCUUUCCCCUUGCAAAAGCUCCCUGUUUUGAUUUGCCUCCCAUUUUAAGUCAGGCACAUCUUAGGGCGCCCUAUUCUGCGCCCGAGGGGAAGAAAGGCCCCGCCUCCCAAGAUGGCGGCGCGGCAGGUGAACCGGGGGCUCUGCGCGCCGCUAGCUCAGAAGGCCCCAAAGAUGGCGAUGCUGGCAGAGCCCCGUAAAAAGCAGAAGUGGUCCGUGGAUCCUAGAAACAGCGCCUGGAGUAAAGAUGAAUCCAAAUUUGGCCAGAAGAUAUUGGAAAAAAUGGGAUGGUCCAAAGGAAAGGGUCUUGGGGUUCAGGAACAAGGGAGCACAGAGCACAUCAAGGUUCAAGUGAAAAACAACACACUCGGUUUAGGAGCAGCCAUAAAUUAUGAGGACAACUGGAUUGCUCAUCAAGAUGACUUCAACCAACUUCUGGCUGAACUGAAUAAUUGCCACAGGCAAGGUGAAUCAGAGCCCUCGAGCGAGCAGAAGAAGACAUUCAGUCUUGAAGAGAAAUCCAGAUCCUCCAGGAAACGUGUUCAUUAUAUGAAGUUUGCAAAAGGAAAGGAUCUCUCUUCCCGCAGUGAAGAUGACCUGUCCUGCAUUUUUGGGAAACGACAGAAUACAAAAACUGAGGAGGACAACGCCUGUGUGAAUUCUCCGGAAGAGGACAGAAAAGAAGACCAUGGGAUGCCCAACCCAGUGGACCAUAGUAAUACAGUGACCAGCACCAUGACGGUGCAAGAGUAUUUUGCCAAGCGCAUGGCAAAACUGAAGAAAUUCCAGAAAGAACCAGAGAGUGAGUUAGCUGAUCCUGGCACGACUGCGGCUGAAGACUUAGAGUCUUCACAAGGACUGAAAACCAGAUCCAAAAAGAAAAGCCGGAAAAAUGCUGAAGCAGAGAACGUGGACAGUUAUGAAGAACCAAAGGUGAAACGCUCCAGAACAGAUGGCUUGUGGGAAGAAGAACUGGAGAUAGCAAACACUGAAUACCAACCAAGGAAAAAGAAAAAGAAAGCUAAAGAUCCACACAAAGGUGAAGAUGUCAGUUGUGAUGGAAAUUCCUGUGUUUUCCCAGGGAGUGGAGAAAUUUGCCUUGGAACAUCUGACAGGGAAAAUCUUGGUGAAAAAGACUCCAAGAUAAAGCAAAAGAAACCAUAUAAGAAAAAACACAAAAAGCAGAAAAAAGAGGCACCUGAGUAUGUCAACGGAAUGCAGAGAAAAAAGAAGAAACAUUUGAGUUAACUUAGCAGCAUCUUGGACUUCAGAAUGAGUUAGAGGUCGACAUGCUGAAUAUGAAGCCUUCUGAAAAUGCUGGCCAGACAUCAAAAUGUAGUUCAUCCCAUCUGUAGAGCACUCUCUAUCAGUACUGAAACCUCAGACUCUUCAAACACAGCUCUUGUUGGCAGGGCGGGAAUAAAUUGUCCCGUCAUAGGUGGGGAUGAAGCAUGCUAUUAACUGUUCGAC